AUGCAUAACAUUAUUCACAUCCAACAGGUAGUGAUCCAAGAAACACAUAAAAUAGUGAUGAGGGAUAUGAAGCCGAAAGAAGACUACGAUUCCGUAGAAGACCCUCAAGCCCAAACUGGAUGGAUGCCCGCAUGGAUGGCACCAGUGACGACCGGCAAUGGACCGACGUGGAACCCGCAACCAGUAUCAGCGUGA